CAGGACGAUUUCCCCCCCUCGGUUUGCAGCGGAGAGGACCGGAUAGACCUCCCGGUAAUGUGGCGGAGGAAAGAGGGAGAGGGAGAGGGAGACGGCGGAGAGGAAGACGUGGUGGAGCGGGCAGGGCGAGUCGAGGGAGAGGAGCCGGAGCGGCAUCUUCUAGAGAUGAAGAUGAGGAGAGAGUGGAGGCCCUGCAAAGCCGACGAACAGAAGCGACCAAGAAAUUUCUUCAGGAGAUGACCCUUGAGGAACACAGGGAGCUCACCUCACAGCUUCUGGAGAGGCAGCCAGGCCUGGUUUUUGAUGCCCUGGCGAUGUAUCAGCGCAGGCAUGGUGCCCCACCUUUUGCUGGAGUGCCAGGGGUGCCAUGGUGUACUUGUGGUAACUGUAGGGAUAUGCCUACGGACCUAGAGAGGAAGUGCUGUGGCCAGGAUCCAAAUAAUUGUGUCAGCCUAUUACCACACUUCUCCCAGUACUGCCUUACUGAAGGAUUUCUGCGUAUUCACAGGCAGUACCGGGAGGACAUUACGGUAUUAGGCCAAGCCAGUGGGCCUGGAGAUGACAACCGGGAGUACCGCUAUGCUGCCUAUAGACACUUCAUCUAUUGGCAACAUGGUUCCUUAGGGCAGGGAAACCGACGUGUCAUCCCCAGCUGCUGUGUUUGGAGGAUCAGGGACAGGUUCCCUGAUCCCCAAGGACACUACACUGGUUUCGUACCUGGCAUCUGA